CCGAGAAUGAGGACGCCUGUCGCGAGAGGGUCGAGAGUGCCGCCGUGGCCCAGCUUGACCUGCAGCCUGUUCAUCUUUCUGCGCUUCUUCUUUGUGUUUGACUCGGCCUCGCGGGCGCUCUGCAUCUCGUCCAUGGCGCUCUUGAAGUGGGCCGAGGGGUUGAAAUGGUGCUGGCAGUCACGAAUGACUUGGGCAGAGCUCAUGCCUAUGGGCUUGUUGAUGGCGAAAACGCCGUCAACGACACAUGGCUUGGAGGAGGUCGCCAUGCUGGCGAUCCUAGUGAAGUGUGUGAAUGUGGUGAAGAGUGGGCGGCCCAGGAGACGGGCGACGGCCAUGCCCUUGGAGCAGGCAGCCUGGGGGGUUUAAAACUUGUGCAACGGCGUUAGGCUGCACAUUCUUGUGUAGAGGAGGAGUGGCGAGUCGCCUAGGGGUUGUCUCUAUAGCAUACUAUGGUCGGGAAGCAUGCGACAGUGAAUGGAUGGUGAGAGGAUCGAGGCUGUAGACUGGGCUGUAUUAGACAAAGGUGGGAGGAGCGAUCAUUGACAUG